AUGUCAAAGCCCUUUACUCAAGAAACACUAAGAGUUCCCAUCAACAGCAAUCCUGCCUUCAGAUUACAACAUGUUUCUACCACCACUCUAGGGGCCCUUUGCACUGCCAAACCUGUGGAAAAUUGGAAUUCAUCAGAUGGGAAAUGGGAGGAGGAUACUUGGGAAUAUUUGCUGAUGCAGGAGUCAAAUGUAUUGGAACAUCUAUGGGCUUCACUUCAAGCUAUGGGAGAUUUGGGAGUGGUUGAUGAAGUCAAUCAUUUCCAGGCUGUCAAUCUGAAACUGGACCUUCUUUUGGCCACACAAGGAUCAUUGGGAGCAGAAAUCCUUCAGAUUCAGGAUGAACUCAGUCAAUACUGGACCUGCCUCAAAGCCACCAAUUUAGAGGAUCGACUUGAACAGCACAAGUUCUCUAUUAUCACUCCUUCCUCAGGCGCUAUGCCUUAUCAACUCCAUUAUUGUACCAAUUGCAACACCGGCAGUCAUUUUUGA